AUGUUAAAUACAGAUUGGACAGAAGUAGAAGUAAUUGAAUUAUUAAUUGAUAAUGCUACACAACUUGGAUUUGGUAUGUGUGGUAGUAAGAGUACAGGUGUCAUUGUCAGGUGUAUUACACCUGGUGGAGCAGCUGAAUUGGAUGGUCGUCUUCGACUUGGUGAUCAUAUAAUUUGUAUUCGUGAUUAUAAUGUUCGAAGUUAUGGACCAGAUCAAGUAGCUACUGUACUACGUCAAACUAUAUCCAAUUGUCUAUCUGAUAGUUUAUUAACACAAGAUUCAAUGCCGACAGGUGAUGCAAUCCCAAAAACUACCAUUGACUACCAUACUUCAGUGAUACGAAUGCCGACAUCAACAACACAUAAAAAUACAUCCACUUUAAAUAAUACUACUGAUAAACCAUUAGAAAAAAGUAGUUUGUCACCUAGUCAAUAUGAUUCAAAUCCAGCGAACUCUGGUGAAACUCAUGACAGCAAUAAACAACUUAUCAAUAAUCCAACUAUUUUAAUACGUCUCAUUGUAGCUCGUCCUGCUAAUGGUGAUCCUGCUGAAUUGAAUGAGAUUAGUUUAAAACAACAAACUAUUUGUCAUCAACAUGGUGUACUUGGAAUGUUAGCAAUUAUACCAACCCAUCAAUUAGAUCAAUAUAUUGAUUUACUAUUGCAAAACAAACUUCCACUAGUUGAUUUGUACAGUUUACAUAAAACAGAUUUAUUGAACAUUGAAAAUCAUGUUGAUAAUUUAAAACAAGUAAAAUCAAAUGAUGUGGAUUACUUUGCUACAAUGAAAACAAUCAAUAAUGAUAUUGAAGUAGAAUGUAUAGAAAUGAAUAAAAUCAAUGAUACUUCUACAAUAUCAUUGCAACAACAUGAACAAUCUGAUUUAGAUAAUUCUCGAGAAAUUGAACCAUGUUCAACACUUCAAGUUGUAACAAGUUCAGCAAAUUCAUCAGAAUCUGAUGUGGAACAAUCACGUACUAAUCUACCAAAUAAAAUAAUUAGAAAUGAUCACUUAGAUGAUCAUCAAUUUGAUAAAAAUUCAAAAUUCAAUUCUAAUACAACGUUAAAUGAUCAACAUUGUUGUCACAUUGAUCAUUCGAUUUCAUCUUGUUUCAAUCCAAAUAUUCCAGAACAUACAAAUCAACACAACAAUUCAACAAUUCAUACUUAUCGCAAACAUGAUAAUGAUGAUCAAGAAAAGCUGGAAGAAAUUGAAAUUUACACAGUACAAUUAAUUAAAUCAAAAAAUCAAAGUUUAGGUUUAAGUGUAGUCGGAUAUAUUUAUAAAAAUCCAUAUGAUGAAAAUGCAUAUAACAGAGGAAUUUUUGUACGAAGCAUCAUUCCCAACAGUGUAUCAGAUAAAUGUAAAUUGAUUGAAGUAAAUGAUCAAAUCAUUCAAGUAAAUGAAGUAUCUUUAAUUGGUCUAGAUAAUUUAGAAGCUAUUUCAAUUUUAAAAAAGUCUAAUGAAAUUAUCACAUUGAAAUUAAAACGUUAUCUUUGUGGAUACCUUUAUGAAGAAUUGAAAAAAGCGGGUUCUUAUAAAAUGAACAAUAACAAUUAUCAUUCACUACUACUUAAUCGUUUAAUCAGUAAUAAUAAUAAUAAUGAUGAAAUUUCUGAUUCUGAUUUCAAUUCUGAUCAACCAUAUUCAAUAAACAAUAAUAAUAAUAAUAAUACAUUCAAAUAUAAUGUAAUAAUCAAUAGUGAAACAAGUGAUUCAUCCAGCCAAUCUGCACCAAGUCGACAUGAAAAAUAUCCAUACAGUACAAAUCAUGAUGAUCGAUCAAUUACAUUGUAUGUGGAAUUAACAGAAGAAUUUAUCGAUUCCCCGCCACCACAACCACAACCAUGUACAUGUUUACAUGAUCAUGAUAGUAGUAUGAUUUUACAAAACACAACACUGAUGAUGAUAUUAUCAGAUGAAGAAGAAAAAGAAAUUGAAAAAGACACUGUGUUACCAUUGCUGUUAAACAAUGAUGAUUUAAAUUCAGCGGUUCUUUCUGACCAGUCAGUAAACAAUACAACAAACUGUAAAUUAUUGAACAUUGAAUCAGUUGAACACCAAUCACAAACACCUGUUCCUAAGAUUACAAAUCAAACUACUGAAGAAUUCAUUAAACUGAUUGAUAAUGAUGAUGAGGUUGAUGAGAAUAAUGAAACAUUAGGAAUGAAUAGUUUCACAUCAUCUAAUUCUGAUUUUGAAAUUAUAUCUAAACUAGUAGUACAUAGUCAAAAUACGACACUUGAAAAGAUUAGUAAUGUUUUAGUUCAAAUCACUGAUGAUGAUGAUGAUGAUGAUAUUAAUUACAAUGGUCAUGAUGCAACUAUCGAAUCAAAACUAGCAAUCGAUGAAAGUUGUCUUGAUCAUACAGAGCAAAUCAGUACAUCAAAUGAUGAACAGAUUCAAAUAGUCAUGCACAUCAAAAGAAGACUUCGCCGUUACAUAAGUAACAUCAUAAGCUUUACCAACUCCCAUACACGAAAUGCUCUUCGUGAUCGGUCAGCUGAUUUUUAUGCAAAUGAAGUUACAGACGAGUUGGUUGAUCUCAUGCGUAAAGUUUGGCUUCCGAUUGUCGGUCCUGGCUAUGAUAUCAUAGUAUUACAUAUCCAUAAAUCUCAUGGAAUCUCAAAUCUAGGCAUAAGUAUAGAAGGUAUAACCUAUGUGGUGGAACCAGAUUUCAGUCAUGAAAAUUUAUCAUCAAUAAAUAAUAAUAAUAAUAAUAAUAAUAAUAAUCAUAGUCAACAAAUUGAAAAUACAACCAAUUCAACUCAUUCACAAUUACCAAAUGGAUUUGCCAAAUCAAUUCAUUCCAAUAAUGAUGAUCAUGAUAAUCAUAAUAAUAGACCUUCACGUCAUUUUAUUCAAUAUAUUGUACCAGAUGGUUUAAUUGGUAGUUUAGGUGUUGUACAAAUUGGUGAUGAAAUACUUCAGGCUAAUGGUCAUCGUAUACAUGGUACAUCACAUACUAGUACUCUUCGUUAUUUACGUCAUCUACCAUCUCGUAUUGAAUUAGUGUUGGCUCGUAAAAAAUCUACACAUGAAAAUGUAACUAUUGACAUGUUGAAUAAUAAUACAACGCUUAAAGAUCAAUUCAUUGAUCCUCAUCAUCAUGACCUAGAUGAAUCUCCACUGGAAGUUGCUGCUAGUGAAAUUGGUUCUGUAGAUACGGCUGCAUCUUUGAAAAUUGCGAAUGGUUACGGUGGUGUUGGUGUUGGUAGUAGUAGUGGUAUUAUUGAUCGACCAGUUUAUUCUAGUCCAGUCUCACCGGCUACAGCUUAUAAACGUGUCACUGAAUGGAUUCAUAAAUCUCAAGGCGAUUUAACAGCGCCUAUUCCUUAUCCAUCUUCACCGGAAUCAUCAUCUAUCAUGGAACAAGGUGAUACACAAUCAGAAAGAGGGAAUAAUUUGCAUUUGAAUCAUACACAUUUGUACACAAAUAAUCUUCAACACAACUAUGUCAAUUCAGAUCAUACUGAUAAGCUACCACAACAACAGUAUUCAGCAAAUACAAUGAAAAAUCAACGUAAAUAUUCAUUACCCAAUACAACAUUGAAAACAGAAGGGCAUUAUUCUAAAACUUUAGGCCGUCUAUCAUCAACAUCAAGAUCAUUGAAGAAAAAAGAAUCUACAGAACAACAACAACAACAACAGCGACAAUAUGAUCAACGCCGUUAUCAAACUCUACCACAUUAUCAUUCUCAUAGUCGGUCACAUCGUAUUGAUCCUCGGUAUGGAUUUAAACGACCAUGUUGGUCAUCAGUGCCUUUAAUUAUUCAAUUGAAUAAAACAUCGCAUGGUUUUGGAUUUAGUAUAGCAGAAUAUGAGGAACUACCUGUGACUGACUUAGAAAGUAAAACACAUCGAAAAUCAUUUUCACUUGAUAGAAAACGUUCUCAUCUAAUUGAAUCAGAUCGUCGAUCAUUUCGUUCUUAUUAUUCCAAUGGUUCGACUAUUACAUCAUCAUCAUCAUUAACAUCCACAUCAUUAUUGCGUAAACAUUCCAAAUCAUCCAAUCGAUUAAAACGCAGAUCUACUUGGUCUAGUCGAUCUUCUAAAAAAACACAUGGUAUCUUAUUGAUUGACAGUUUAGCCCCGGGUGGUAUAGCACAAUUAGAUGGACGUAUAUCGAUUGGUGAUCGAUUGUUAUUUGUGAAUGAUAAAAAUCUGAUGAAAUCUAGUGUGAAUGAAGCUGCCCAUACAUUGAAAUCAUUGCCUAAUGGUCCAUGUUUAAUUGGUAUAGCGAAAAUGCUACUGGAAUCGAAUGAAAUCAAUGAUGGUAUGGAGGCGAGAACUCAACACACUCAACCACAACACCCUCAACACCCACAACAAUCAUUCAUAUUACCAUAUCCAAGCAUGUCUACUACUACUACUAUGCAACCAUCUGUGAUUGGUAUGUUUCCAGAUAAUCAUGAUGAAGCGCAAAUGACUAGUAUGAAAUCUGAUUUAACUUAUCCGUUAUAUGUUAAUACUACUACUGGUGAUGGUGGUACGAUUAUUAAUGAUGAUAAUAAUACAAUUGUGAAUAGUUUCAAUACAACUGGAAUGGAAGAUUUGGCUUUAGAUUUUUACACAUUACCGUUACUUUGUCCAAAUCCUCAACUGCAUGCAUCUGAUUUACAAUAUGUCAGUCCAGUUGAUCCAAAAUUUGAAGUCACUAAACGUUUGGAACGUGGAUCAUUGCCAAUUGGUUUAAAAUUAGAUGCACUGGCAUGUCAUGGACAAGAUGGUUGUCGUGUAUUACAAGUUCUUGGUGGUGGAGCUGUUGCUCGUGAUCAAUUACUUGUUACAAAUGAUUAUGUGACUAGUUUAAAUGGUCUUCCAAUGCGUUAUUUAGAUAAUUUAAAAGCAUUUCAAAUUUUACAUUCAUUAUCACAAAAUUCCGCUGUCAUUGAUAUAUCAUAUAUUCCUGCGUCUAUUAUUGAAUCACAUCGUAUGCAAUGUUUAUCGAAAACAAUGAAUCAACCUAAUGAAAAUGUUUUACAAAAAAAUUCUAUUCCAUAUUCAUCUAUUGUACAACCAUUGAAUUGGUCAGCUCCAAUUGAAAUUGUACUGCAUCGUUUAGAUACCAGUCAACCAUGGGGUUUAAUUGUAUCUGGUCCAGAUAUUUGCUCAACAUUGAAUUGUUCCCGACCAGUGAAUAUAGAAAAUCCAAGUAUCAUAUCAGAGAUAUUACCGAAUAGUGUUGGGAAAAAUUGUAAACUAUUGAGUUGUGGUUUAUUGAUUUUACAAAUUCAAGGUAUGGAUGUAUCUUCUAAAGGUGCCAGUUAUGUCAAUGCUUAUUUACAGCAUUUAUCUGAUCAAUUAGAUUUAAGAGAAAUUCACUUAAUUGUAUGUCAUUUUAAUGAUGAUGAAUACAUGAACACUACUACUGCUGCUACUACUGCUAAUAAUGAUACUACAGCCAAUCAAAUGGAUUCUAUCAAACAACCUAAUAUUACUACUGUUACUACUACUACUACUAGUAGUAGUGACAAGAAUAACAAAAAUUUGAAUAAUGGUUACGAUUUUACUGAUAAACUACAAUUAUCCAACAAUUUAACUAUCAAUACAUCAUCAAUCAAUGAUCAUAUUUUAAUGCCUGCACGAAUAUCGCCAAGUUCUAGUGAUAUGGAACAUCCUGAACCAUUGACUGAUAUGGAAUCACGUGAUGUAGUGGAUAUUUUAUCUGGAUCACUGGCAUCACUGCCGGAUGCAAAUCAUUCAUCUGAUUCACAGCAUACUCCUCAUCAUAGAAAAAACUACCAUCUCGUCAUUAUCACAAUUGUCAUCGCCUAUUUUAAAAGAUGA